GCUCUGACUCCAGACUGCAGAAAGAAGUGUUCGCGAUCAUCACGAGUCAGAAAUCACGCUCUGGGAUCACAUUUCUGUUGGUGUUGUUAUUUGGGUUUUUUUUUGGUCUGGCUUUUCCCCCAUCCGAAUCCUCCACUCAUUCAUCUUGAUUCACGAGAGCAUGACGGAGCUCGGACCUGCACAUUUGGGAUGAUUUUAAUAAUGGUUCGCUUCAAAUGCACAUUUCCACGGAGCUGCAGUUGAGGUUUCAAUCAAAGUCUGACUGGAUUCUCGCAGAGUGAUGGAUACAAAUGAGUUCACAGUACUGAAACUUUUUGUUGUCGGGAUUUUGGUCAAUGCCUGGAUGAUGACAGGGUUGUCAGCCACUGACAGUUUCAACAUAGAGCCCACUCCCCCCCGGCCUAAGAAACCCUGCAAUGAGUCCCGUCUGCAGUGGGAGGUGGAGUUCUGUGGAGAGGAGUUCAAGCGGGACAUGGGUCACAUAGAUCCACAGAACUGGUGUAACCUCACACACUUCAUCAGUGAGUACCACAUCUUCACCCUCUGCACAGAGGAAAAGGCCCAUGACGUCAGCUGCUACUGGCCCAAUCCACUGGUGGAGGGCUACAUCAUCCGCAUACACAAGCACUUUUUCUCUAACUGCACCAUGGAGCAGGUGGUAUGGGUGGAUCCGCCAGACGACACGCUAACCAUCCUCAUCCUCGUCCCUGUUUUCCUCACAUUGGCCAUGAUCGCCCUGGUGGUCUGGUGCAGCAAGAGGAGUGAUAUCCUGGCUUAAGAGGGGAGGAAGAUGGAAGAAGAUGGAGAUGGGUGGAGUUCGGACCUCUCCACUAAAACAAUUCUGUAUAGAGGAGUGCCCAGAAGUUUUGGGAGGUUGCUUCAGUUGGUCAAAUUACCCCAUAAGUGAUGCCACAAAACAAAACUCCCAAGGAAAAUGAGGAAAGUAGUGACUGGGAGUACAAAAUAGUAUUUUCUUUAAUAUUUUUAUAUAUUAUGUGUUAUUUUUCAUAGUUCUGACAUUGAUUUACUAUCAAGCAACAUGUUCGACAGGUCUUUAAAGCACAGAAUUUAGUUGCACUGUUGAACAUCUGUUAUGUUUAUGCUUAUCUGUAGAAUUUUGGAGAAAUAGUAUUUUUUGCCAGAAACAGGAGGAAACAGGCCAUCUGGCUCUGUCCAAAGGCAGAAAAAACAGCACCCAUAUGGCUUACUUAUUAACACACUCAAUCACGUUGGUUUAUUCUGUCCCAGAACAGAAGAACACAAAGUUUUGGAGCAACCUUCAACAAGAAAUAGUAAAGAACCCCACAUAAAACCACAACUUAACACUUUUAAAACUGUAAAUAUGUCAAUUACAGAGCUUUACAGGUUCUAGUAGGUGGAUUUUGUUGCAUUUGGAUGGAGCCAUAUUAGCUGUUUCCCUUGUUUCUAUCCUGAAAAUGACCAUUUGUAUACCAAUUACUCAUCACUUGUUACCUGGGAUUCUUGAAGAAAAACCCUGGUAAACGGAGAAUCACAAAAAAGCCGGAAAUAGAGUAAAUACUCUAUGAACUGAAGGGUUUUUUAUAUUGUAAAUCUUUUUGGACAAAAUGCAUGUGUUUGUGAAGUACAUAGCAUGGGUUUGGUUAAACAAGAGUUCAUCGCACAAAUUGUGUGAGAGUUUGUAAACGGAUAUUGAUAUGGUUCUGCUGUUGUUAAACGAUUCCCCAAUCUACUUUGAUUCAUCAAGUAUUUACUCUGUUUUCUUCAAGAAUUCAAGGUAACACAUCGUGAGUAAUUGAUAAACAAAUUGUCAUUUUAAGGUUGAGGUAUUCCUUUCAGCUAAGCUAAGCUAACCAGCUGGAGGUCGAAGCAUCUUUUCUAGUGUACAGACAUGACAUACGGACAUUAACUCCCGACAAGAAAGCAAAUAAGCCUAUUUUCCCAAAUGGUCAAACUCUUCCUACGAGACACAGAUGAGUUUGCCAUUGACAUCACUUAUUGGGUAAAUUGACCAGUGGGACAAUCGCCCAAAUCUCUGCGAGUUCUUUGAAGCUCAUGGAUCCGGACCGUUGACUUCGGAGAUUUAUGUCCGAGCUAUGAACCUUUGCUGAAGGCCAAAGUAUCCACUAAGCCUUUGAGGCAGUGACUGAAGUCUAAACUGCUGGGAAAUGAUUCCCAGAGGACAGCAUUGUAACAUGAUACUGUAUGAUGGCUUGGAUAAAAAAGAGAAGCCAAAUUUUUACUUAAUACUGAUUCUGCAAGUUUAAUCUUACUGUUGAGUUACUGAAAUGACUGUCGCCACUGGAAAGGAUACACUGGUGUGCAACCCAAAGACAAGGCAACAUGAUGAUCUAUAUAUGUUCGGAAUAACAUUUCUUGUGUGAUUACCUGAGCCUCAAUGGACUGUUUUAUAAAAGUAUAACUUAUCAGAUAAUGUUGUAUAAAAAACUGUUAAUACUCACAAAGAGGGGGUUCUCAAUGGAAACAAAAGUAUUAUGAACUGUCAUUGAAACCUCAUACUGUAUAGUUAUGCUCUCUGUCCGUGCUGUCUACUGUAUCUGCAUUGACUCUCCAGUGUUUCUCAGACCAGUGAGAAAUACACAUUUAUGCUUUGAAGUGAAUUCCUUUGGGGAAUGGCUUGAUUUAAUGUACGCACUUCAUUGGUUCUUUGAACCGCAGUCCUCAAAAGGCACGAGGCAAUACAGACUAAACCAAGCACUGCUUUUUUUAUUUUCUUCCAAAGCAUAAGGCAUCAAUCUCUGUUUGUCAUCCCUCACCUGCACACUUUUGUGGAUGGAAACCGAUUAAAUCUCUC